CCCAUGCAGGUCUCUGGAUCGGAGGUGAUGAUGGCGUUGGAGGAGCAGCAUCGCUGAGUUCGCUCCUCUGAGCCUUUUGAUAUUAUUAUAAUUAUAACAACGGUCGAAAUACAAUUACUCGCCUCGAUCUCCUAACCAGAAAGGAUGGGGAACGAAGGGAGCAUCGAGGGAGGCGGACAACCCGGGGAACCGGGCUCCAUCUCUAUGGCGGGAGCGCCUGGUUCUAUUUCAGCACCACUGGGCUCUGGACAGCUCAUCAAGCCCGCCAAUGGUGCUGCUGCCGGGGGAGGAAUGGGUGGCGGACCGGGAAUGAAUAGGGUUCCCAUGGGGAGUCCUAAAUCUGGGAUGCAGACUGGCUACGGAGGAAUGGGUGGAGGAGGAGGUCAGAGACUGGCCAACCAAGAGAGCCACAGGCCGAUGCAGCAAAGCUCAGGCCUAGUCCAUGGCUCAGGCCACGGCCCAGGCCCAGGGCAGGGUCAUGGGCCAGGGAUGGGUGCUGGGAUGGGUGGUGGUCCAGGUCAGCAUGGCCAGAGCCCCGGUCAGCCCGGUCAGCACGCCUCCAGACGAAACCUCCAGGUGGACUUUAGCGGUUCGGGUGGCCGGACGGGUCGCUCCUCCUCAAUGUCUCCGGACCGUGGGAUCACCCCCACCUCACCCUACUCAGUGCCCCAGAUCGCCCCCAUGCCCGUCAGCAAGCUGUGCCCACUCUGCUCCACCACGGAGCUGACCAAUCCGCCGGCCCUGCCAAACUACAACACCUGCACACAGUGCCGCUCCACCGUCUGCAACCAGUGUGGCUUCAACCCCAACCCCCACCUCACAGAGGUCCAGGAGUGGCUCUGUCUCAACUGCCAGAUGCAGAGGGCGUUGGGCAUUGACAUGACCACCGCACGAUCCAAGAGCCAGCCGCAGAUCCACUCUCCAUCCCACCAAGCCAAACCCAUUGUCCAGCCAUCACCUGUUCAUCCAGCCCAGCUAAAAUCCCAUCCCCAGCCCCCACUUCAGUCUUUACCCCACUCCCAGCCCCAGGCCCAACCCUAUGGUCAAACUCAGCCCCAGGCCCAGCCCUAUGGUCAAUCCCAGCCACAGUCCUUUGGCCAAACUCAGCCCCAGCUCUAUGGUCAAUCCCAGCCUCAGCAACAGCCCUACAGCCAAACUCAGCCCCAACCCUAUGGUCAAUCCCAGCCCUAUGGGCAGUCCCAGCAACAGCUCUAUGGUCAAUCCCAGCCCCAACAACAGCCCUACGGCAAAAGCCAGCCCCAGCAACAGCCCUUUGGCCAAACCCAGCCUCAAGACAACCCCCAGGCUCAGCAUCAGCCACAGCCCUCCCCUGGCCUACAGAGACACCCUGUCGCCGGCUCAGCCUCCCUGCCCGGGUCUUCGACAAGCUCUCCCCAGCACAUCCCAUAUGGCCAGAGAGGGCCUGGAGGUCCCGGCCAGCCCCGGAUACCCCACCCUGGGGCAGUCCCCCUGGUGGGCAUGGCCAAGGCUCCCUCCCAGCCAGACCUGGGCAGAGGAAUACCGAUGCACCAGGGCGGCCGCCAGGCUGCCAGCGCUGGCUCCUCCCCCGCACAUCGACCCUCCGCCCCCCAGGGGCAGCCCCCCCAGGACGGCCUGACCAAACUCUUUGGCUUUGGGGCGUCGCUCCUCAACCAAGCGGCCAGCACCCUGGCAUCUGUGGACCCCCUCUCAGGGCCACCGUCCUCCCAGCCCUCCCCUGCCAGGGGUGGACCUGCCAAUAAACAAGAAGGACCUCCUGGUGCCAAACCUUUCCAGACAGGUGGCCCGCAUGCACCCCAAGUGGGUGGCCUCCAUGCACCAACUCAGAAAGGGCCCCAACAGCAGCAGUUGCCUGCACAUCAACACAAGGGGCCACAGCAGCAGCAAGGGUCUCCCCUCAAACAGCAGCAGCAGCAGCCGGCGGCCAGACAGGAGCCUGCUCCCAAGCCUGUCGAGCCUGAGAAGCCCAAAGUCAACUGCCCCCUGUGUAAGACGGAGCUCAACAUCGGCAGCACAGCCGAGCCGCCCAACUACACCUCCUGCACCCAGUGCCACGCCCAAGUGUGCAACCUGUGCGGAUUCAACCCAGCGCCUCACCUGGAGAAGAGGGAGUGGCUCUGUCUGAACUGUCAGACCCAGCGGCUGAUGUCCGGAGGACUCGGAGACCCCUCUCCUGUUCCUCAUCCGUCUCCAAAGCACCAACCAAUGGGAUCUCCACGCCACCUGGCACCAGCCAGUCAGCAGCCAGCUCAGAAGCCGCCCUUCCUGAAAUCGACCAAUCAGCAGCAACAAGGGCCAAGAACGAUGCAGCAGCAGCUGCAGAAGCCACAGACAGGCCUGGGGAGCGGACCUUUCGCAGUGAAGCAAUCCGGGGACACAAAGGCUCCUGUCCAGCCCACACCUUCCAAUGAGCCCCCAAAACAACCGAAGGCCACGGAAGAGACUAUGCCAAAGUCAGAGGAGCUGGUGGAACCUGCCAUAGACACCAAACUUACUCAGAAGAAGGGAGAGCCAAACACAAAAGACCUAAAGAAGUCAAGACAUUAUGACGAGACCAAGAACAGCACUCAAGACCUGUCACGAAGCCCCCAGAGCCUGAGCGACACCGGCUACUCCUCGGAUGGCAUCUCCAGCUCACACAGUGAGAUCACCGGCCUCAUCCAGGAGGAGGAGAUGAAGCUGAGCGAGAGGGGCAUCAGCGGACAUGGCAGCCCCCCCAGCCCUUCCGAGAUCACCAAGCUGGAGAGUUCCAUGAGGCCCCUGUUGGAGUCCAAGACCCUGCCGGCCGAGGAGAGGGAGCGCGAACGGGGCCGGGGCAGGCACCACCGAGAGCAGAGGCCCCGGUCGCUCUCCAUCACCCCAGAGGCCUACGACUCUGAUGAGGAGCUGGAGGACAUCGUGGAGGAGGAGGAGGACGGAGGGGACUGGGAGUCCAAACGGGAGCACAAGAGCAGUGCCGCUCCCAAGGACGAGAAGAAAGUGGCCGAGCCGGUGCCAAUGACAGAUGAGGAGUUCAUGAGGAGGCAGAUCAUGGAGAUGAGCGCAGACGAGGACAACGAAGAAGAGGAGGACAUGGAGGAGGAGGACGAGGAGGACGAAGGCUACGGCUACCAAAAACCGAAAAAGACACACAAGCACAUCUCGGAGUCAAUGAAAGAGAAACGCCGCCUAUCUCAUCACUCCAGCAGCUUCGAGGAGGAGACCAAAAGCUCCAGUGACAUCUACAAAGGUUCUGCGGAGGAAGGAGAGGAGGGGGGCCUGGGGGGCCUGCGCCGCUUCAAGACCAUUGAGCUCAACAACACCAACAGCUACAGCCAUGACAUGGAGCUCAACAAUGAAAAUGACCUCAGUCUGGACCGAGAGCCCGAGCUAGAGAUGGAGAGCCUGACAGGAUCUCCUGAGGAGCGCUCCAGGGGAGAGUACUCCUCCACCCUGCCACCCACCACCUCCAGCUAUAACUCUGGCACCUCACCCACCUCCAUCUCCUCCAUGGAGGACGACAGUGACAGCAGUCCCAGCCGCAGACAGAGACUGGAGGACGCCAAGCAGCAGAGGAAAGCCCGGCACCGCUCCCAUGGCUCCCUGCUGCCCACCAUCGAGGACUCCUCUGAGGAGGAUGAGCUGAGGGAGGAGGAGGAGCUGCUGCGAGAGCAGGAGAAGAUGAGGGACCUGGAGCAACAGAGGAUCCGCAGCACGGCCAGGAAGACCAAAAGAGACAAAGAGGAGCUGAGGGCCCAGAGACGCAGGGAGAGAUCCAAGACGCCCCCCAGCAACCUCUCCCCCAUCGAGGAUGCCUCCCCUACUGAGGAGCUGCGACAGGCUGCAGAGAUGGAGGAGCUCCACCGAUCCUCUGCCUCAGAAUACUCCCCCCAGAGCCUGGACUCAGAGGCUGAGGGAUACGAGUCUAAACUCUACAAGUCUGGCAGUGAAUAUAACCUGCCCACGUUCAUGUCUCUGUACUCUCCGACCGAGAAGUCAUUGACGACCACGACGAUCACUGCUCCCUCCAGCAGCAAGCCCCUGAAGAGUGCUGAGGAGGUGUAUGAGGAAAUGAUGAGGAAAGCUGAGUUGCUGCAGAAACAACAGAAACCGCAGCAGCAUCAGAAACAACAGAAACCGCAGCAACAACAGAAACAGCAGCAGCAACAAGGGAGACACAACAGUACAUACAAGGAUGACACAAACGGCCAACAGUAUGAAGAUGAGUACGAGUAUAAGCAGGCAGAGACUGGCUAUGAAAACGAAGCAACAGAGACAGGAGACAUCUACGAAGAGAUCCGCCAGACCUCCCAGAACAUCACUAAGAUGCACCAGUCCUCCGCCCUGGAGUUACAGCAGCAGGCAGACGACCAGGUGGAAGUAGACAACAGUACCUAUCCAGAUAAGCAGCUUUUAGAUACUGGGUCAGCCUUCACUAAGCUGCUUGAGCAGACCAAUGACCUAUUGACUCCUGGCACCAGCCCCACUCAGCUCUCUGCACCUGUGUCCUUCUCUGAGACCGGAGGAAGGAUCCCUGAUGUACGGGUGACACAACACUACUCAAAAGGGAUGAAGAGCCAGACGGGUAAAAAUGGCAUCACUCCAGUGGCGGUCGUCACCACAAUAGCCGCCUACGGGGUUUAUUCCCGGGAUGCAGUGACCAUCUCCCAGACCAGCGUUAGUCAAACGAUGACUACCACCCAAUCCACCAUGUAUGGUCGGCAAACUGGAGGUCCCACCACUUCAACCACAACCGUCUCAAAUGUGUGCAGCAAGAUAGCGGAGAUAACGCAGGCAUACAGCCAGAGAGAGGUGGUUGCGAGGAGCGUGGGGGAGAACCGAGGGGUCCAAGUCAGAGACAGUGCAACAUCUUCAGAGCACGUCAUAGAGACCCGCUCGCCAAAGAUGUCUUCGUACUACAAGAGCUCCAGCCCCCCUCUGUCUCCCUCCGCAUCGCCCACUGAGAGCCUAAGUCGCUCCCCCUCCAGGAGGGUCGAGAUCUCCACCCAGACGUUCAGCCCAGGCAUAGUGGCUCCGUCGGCUGGCUCAGGGCCCACCUCCCCAGUGAUGGUCCAGGGGACCCAGACAUCUCACAGAGUCGUAUCCCCACGUCUUUUCAGACAGCAAUCCUCCCAGGACUCCCACUACAUGGACACCGAGCACACAAGCCCUGCCAAACCAGUGACGGUCAACACGGCCACCUCACCUUUAUCCUCGCCCACCAGAUUCAGCCGACAGUUGACAUUAGAUGGCUACUCUCCACAGGCCAGUCCGCCAGACAGUCCUCCAUACCACCAGACUCCUCACCGCAGCUUCUAUAGGAUGCAGAAGGUGGAAAAGGUCAAUGUUGGCACCAGCAUGGUCACCACAUCUAGCACCUACAGCCGUGGUUCGAUGUCUAUGGACAACAUCUCUCUCUGCAGGAUCUCCACUGUCCCAGGGACCUCGAGAGUGGAGCAGGGCCAGAUGAUCUAUGGUGGGAGCGUGGUGGAUCUGAGAACAGUGGAUCUGAGAACAGCCACUAUACCAGCUCCCAUCAUCAUGACUGACCACGGCAUGGAUCUUACGUCUCUGGCCACAGAAACACGCAAAUACACCAGUGGGCACGAGGGGAGCCACCCUUCCACCAUCAUUCAGCCUCUCAUAAUGAACCUGAACACCCAGCAGCACCCCCAUGUGAUGGUAUCAACCGCAACCACGGUGAGCGUCACGGUGGCCGCCUCCAUGUUCAUAUCACAGCCCCAACAGCCCAUGGUCUACGGGGACCCUUUACAAAACAGAGUGGACCUGGGCCAGGGUUUGGGCUCAGCCAUGUGCCUGUCACAGAACAAACCACCACCCACUGACCCAUCCAUCCCCAAGAUUGAUGCCAAGCUGGAGGACCUGAGCAUCCAGCAGCAGCAGCUGAUGGAGCAGCAGCAGAAGCUUCAACAGCAGCAGCAGCUAUUGGAGCAGCAGCUCCAGAAACACCAUCAGAUGCAAAUGCAGUCCUCCUUAGGUCGGUACAACCUACCAGGCCAGAUGACUCUGCUCAAAAAGGACCUUCUGGUCAGCCAAACCAGCAACUCCCCAGCCAUGGUCAGUGCUAUAUCAUCCGCCGUCGCCCCUGACAUCUACAGCACUGGAGGUCCCCUGGAGCUGAAGAGCAAGCCAAUCCCGGCAGGUGUGAUGAACCUGGCAGGCGGUGGGCCUCAUGGCAUGAUGGUCCAGAUGAAUGGAGCCCCACAGGGAGGACCAGUGACCCAGCUGGUUAAGACAGAAAAGAGCCAGGAUGCCGUGGACCUCACAGGGGGGCAGAUCAAAGCUGAGAACCAACCGGCCUGCUGUGAUGUAGUGUACCGCCUCCCAUUCGGAGGUAGCUGUGUUGGUGGUCCGUUCUCCCAGAAGCAAAAUGUUGAUGAGACAGUGGCCACUCAAGAGCCAAGACCACCCUCUGCGCCACCACUCUCCUACGAGUCGGACCAGGAGGGCCAGUAUCAGGAUAUUUCUAUGGACGGGCGUAAAGCCUACACACUACCGUACCCGGGGCGGCUACAGCCCUCGAUGUCUGACACCAACCUAGCAGAGGCCGGACUCCAGUCCUACCACUCCAAGAUGGACCCACACAUCACGGCCUCUGGAGAGCUGGCCGUGGACCUCAGCACCAUGAAGCAUGCCUAUGAGGGAGGCUUCCUGGGACUGGGCAUGCAGUACGGCUCCUACACUGACCUACGCCAUGGGGGUGACCUCACUGCUACUGCCCUGCCCAUACGCAGAUUCAACUCCCUGUCAAACAUUAGCUCAGACUACGGCUACUCGCCCCGAGACCUCGCUAACUUCCAGGAGUCCAACCUGGCCCAGUACAGUGCCACCACUGCCAGAGAGAUCAGCCGAAUGUGCGCUGCCCUCAACUUAAUGGACCGCUAUGGGAGCAAUCCGGAGCUUGUGCAGUACGGUGUGGGAAGGGGAACAGGUCCAGGUGGCAGGCUCAACUCUAUGAGACAAAAUAUGCUCUACGGACCUGAUGGGAAGCCAAUCUCUCAAACCCAAGCGCUCACCAACAUGAUCAAUGCCAGGCAAGCCAGCCUCCGAGCCAUGUACCCAUCUGCCAUGAGGUCUGCUGAUGGAAUGACCUACUCCACCAUCAACACGCCCAUCGCAUCCACCUUGCCAAUCACUACCCAGCCUGCCUCAGUUCUGUGCCCACUACUGAGGGGAGUGUACAGGCCUUUACCCACUGCCAACAUGACACCCGUGCCUCUGGCCAGCCUCACCAGGAUGCCUGUGAACCCAAGGAUGCCUUUGUCUGGGCAGGCUCCAUACCGUUAUCCGGCUCCCAACAUCUUCCCAUUCACCACGUCGGCCUCUGUGAGCAUGCCUGCUGCUAUCACCACCACCCAGGAUGCCCCAGUCUACCUAGGGAAGCCCUCUGUGAAAUCAGGUGCAUCUGAUCCAUCAUCUCAACCUCUCUUUGCCCAUGCAUCAGCCCCGGUCAGCUUGCCAACAGAGCCCCAGCAGCAACCCAUGAACCUGACCCAGGCUCACCUCCACACUCAGGCCACAGGGCAGCCCCGGGUCCAGCCUCAGAACCAACCUCCAGCCCAGCCCCACCACAUGCAACCUCAAUCCCAUCCUCAGAGCCAGCCUCCACCCCAGAGCCAGCCCCCUCCAGCCCACAUUUACCCUCCAACACAAAGCUACACUGGGCCCCAGAGCAACACCCAGCCCCCUCCGUCUGGCCCACCCUCCAGCAGCCCAGUCAACACUGCGACGGAGACGGAGGAAAGGAUGCAGCGCCAGCAUGAGCAGCUGUUGCAAAUGGAGCGGGAGCGUGUGGAGCUGGAGAAGCUGCGUCAGCUACGUCUGCAGGAGGAGCUGGAGAGGGAGCGCAUGGAGCUGCAGCGGCACCGCGAGAAGGAGCAGAUGCUAGUGCACAGGGAGAUUCAGGAGCUUCAGACCAUCAAGGAGCAGGUCCUGCAGCAGCAGCAGGCUGAGAGGGAGAGCCAGCUGGUGAUGCAGAAGGAGCAGUUGGCCCAGCAGAAAGCCCAGCUCGACCAGAUACAGUCGCUGCAGCAGCAGCUUCAGCAGCAGCUCGAGGAGCAGAGGAGGCAGAAGACUGCUGCAGCUGCUGCUGCUGCAGCCGCCGCAGCCGCUCAGGUGGACCAGAACGGCCAGACCCUGCUGCCCUAUGGAGAUCAGGUGGGCUUCAUUUCCCUGCCCAACUCCUCCUCGGACAUGUGUCUAAGGAACAAUGAAGAGCAUAUAGAGACUAGAACCAACAUGAGGAGGCAGAACUCCACCUCCAUGCCCCGGCUGAGGGACGGAAUGGAGGGCGAGAGCAUCCAGUUCUAUGGAGCACGGAGGAUCGUGGAUAGCUGUGUCCAGACAGACGAAGAGGAUGGCGAGGAGAGGUACAUCAUGUCCCGGCGCAGACGCAACAGGCGCAGUGUAGACUGCAGUGUCCAAACCGAUGAUGAUGAGGAGAAAGUGGAGUGGGAGCAGCCUGUGAGGCGCAGGCGCUCUCGCUUCUCUAAGCACUCGGAUCCCGGGGCCGAAAACAAGACAGACACAGCCUCCAAGACAGCCGCCUCAUCCAGCAUCGCCAUCCAGACCAUUCGAGAUAGCUCCUGUCAGACCGAAACAAACCAACUGGGGAAGGUGUCCCCGGCUAUCCACGUCACCGUGCCAGACCCGAACAAAGUCGAGAUUAUCCACUACAUCUCAGGCCCUGAGAGGACCCAGAAGGGCCAAAGCCUAGCCUGCCAAACAGACGUUGAGGCCCAGUCUCAGGGCGUGGUGGUGCCUCAGCUCAGCGUGCCCACCACCGUCAGCCCCUACUCCACAAGCAUCCAGCUGGUGGGGUCCGCCGACCCGCGCCAGCAGCAGAACAGGAGGAGGCCAGACCCCCUAGAGAUCAGCUACCAGACCCAGCCAAUGAACCACCUCCACAAUGAGUCCCUCUCCAGCCUGAUCCGUCAGCCCCCCAAGUCCCCCCAGGUGCUCUACUCCCCUGUUUCCCCCGUCUCCCCCCACCGCCUCUUGGAGACGUCCCUCUCCAGCGGCGGGCUGAACAAGGCCCAUGUCACCCCCCAGCAGAAAGCCUACACGGUCGAGUCACCCCAGCGCCACCCCAGCAUGCCCCGGCCCAUUAAGAGCACACAGAGGUCCAUGUCGGACCCCAAGCCUCUAAGCCCCACUACAGAUGAGACAACCAAAGCCAGGCUAAACCUGUACCAGCAGCAAGCUCUUCAGAGCCAGCUGGCCGCCCUGCAGCAGAGUGCCCUGAGGAAGGUGAAGAGGACCCUGCCCAGCCCCCCUCCAGAGGAAAGCCACCUCCCCAUCAUCACACCGGCCCUCCCCCAAAUGUACAUGCCGUCCGUGCCCUCCCUGAGGGCCGGAACCAGGCCAGGUCUGGCAGCCAAAGCCAGCCUGCUGAAGGACCUCACCCACGAGCUGAAGGCUGUGGAGCAGGAGUCCACCAAGCUCCGCAAGCAGCAGCAGGAGCUGGAGGAGGAGGAGAAGGAGAUUGAUGCCAAGCUGCGCUACCUAGAGCUGGGCAUCCAUCAGCGCAAGGAGACCCUGGUGAAGGAGAGGGAGAGGAGGGAUAUGGCCUAUCUGCGCUGCAUGGGCGACCCGCGAGACUACAUGUCAGACAGCGAGCUGAAUAACCUGCGGCUGGCGGCCGCUGUAGCUUCCUACGAGAGCAACGGGGUACUGACCAGACCCAGCACAGCACCAAUGAGCCAGUUCACCAGCGACUUCAACACAGCCGCCCAGUUUCCUCCCACCUCCUCCUUCGUCUCCUACCAGUCCUACCACACCCUGAGCCAGCCAGCUCCAGCUCCAGCUCCCCAGCCCGGCACCCCUUACCAGACUGCAGCCUUCAACCAGCCCCCCUACCCUUCAGUGUCCCAGGCAGCGGCUCUCCCCCAGCCCACCCCCCUGCAAACCCAACAUCCUCCCCCAUCCUACCAGACCCAUUCCUUCUCCUCCCACACAUUCCCACAGAGCCAUCCCCCCUACCCGACAGAGCAAGGUGUGCACCCACUGCCUCAGCAACAGCAACAGCCUAGCCACCAGGGAUUCCAGCAUGCCCAGCCUGGCCAACCUCCCUACCCCACCCACACCUCUCCAUACCCCAGUCAGGUGUCCUACCCAGCUGGCCCUGGGCAGAUCACUCCCUACCAGCCCCAGGUAGACAUCCUCACUGUCCACCAGAGACCGAGACAGACCUCGCUGGCUGACCUGGAGCAUAAGAUGCCCACCAAUUAUGAGGUUGUAAGCAACCCCACUGUAGGGGUGACCACCACGGCCCAAGACACCAUCUACUCCUCCUCCAGUGGGGCACCCCCAUACGGACAGUAUACUGGUGGUACCACCAUGGUCAACACUUAUGGGCCAUACUCUACGGCAGUCUCCAGUACAUAUGGCCAGUACACCAUGACAGUAUCCAACGCAUACGGGCAGCAGUACACUUCCACCCCGGCCAGUACGUAUGGCCAGUAUACCACCACCACAGCUAACACCUAUGGCUACACCACCACUACAGCCAGCUCCUACGGCCAAUACACUGCGACAGUGGCCAACAGCUAUGGCCAUGGCACUCCAUCUGACCGUCUGCACUCAGUUGACAGCCCCUCUACCUACGCACAGGACGGUCUCUAUGGUCCCGCAAGCCUGGAGCAGAAUGUCCCAAGGAACUAUGUCAUGUGCGAUGACAUCAGCGAGCUGACCAAGGAGGGCCUGGGCGGCACAGUGGACAUGCACCGGAGCGACGGCCACGGUGGACGCUACGCAGGGGAGAGCGGUCCGGCGAGAGGAGGAAGCUCCUACGGCAGGCCGGAGGACGAGCUGACCAGGGAGGAAGACCUGUAUGAGCACCACAGCAGGGCCUACCAUCUUGGCCAGGAAGAGACGGACUGGUUUGAGAAGCCCAGGGACCUGCGCUCUAGCUCCCGCCACUAUGGCAGUGGUGGCCACUCCUCGUCCGGCCGUAGCCGCCACGUCAAGCACACCUACCACGACUAUGACGAGCCCCCAGAGGAGGACCUGUGGCCCCAGGACGAGUACGGCCACAGCCGCCAAUCUUCCACCUCGCGAGACCAUCGCCACCACGGCAGCACCAGCUCUGGGAGACACUCCGCCUCGUCCCGCCACUCGGACGAACCGCGCACCUCGCGCUCCUCCAAGGGCCACCCCAAAGACCCGUCCAUGCGCCAGGACUCCCGCCAGAUGUCCUCGUCAGGGAAGAGGGGUGACCCGCGCUCCCAGGGGGGGUAUCACUCAUCGGACUACUCCAGGGACCCGUCGGGCCACCACCACAGCCAGGGCCGCUCCUCCAAGUCCUCAUCCUCGCACGAUGGGCGGACUUCCUCCAGGAAGCAGCAAGACCUCCAGGGUCACCCUCCUUCCUCCUCCAGGGGCCAGGGCAGCUCUGGCCGUGUGCCAGGAUCCGCCGGUGGGCCCCCGGGCUCUAGGGGACAGGGUCCUACCUACCAGCAGGACGGGCUGCAGCAAGGCCAACGCACUCAGCUGCAGCAGCAGCCCCAGACCUUGGCGGCACGACAGACAGGCACCACCCCUGCAGGCACCACUCCUGGGGGCCAGCAGCCUCUGGGCCUGGCCCAAGCCCAGCAGGGUCUACAGGCCAAGCCUGGUCAGCUUGGUCCUGGUCAAGCCGGUCGCCAGCCACAGGCAGGAGGCCCACUGGGGCAACUGCCACUAACUGCGCAAGCACCUGUCGCAAACACACCCCCUGUGACUGCCAUAGGGGCCAAAGCUGUCAUAGGAGGGGCAGCCCAACCUGCAAAAACACCUCAACCCCCACUCACAGGAAUAGGCUCCAAGGCCGCCCCUAGACCCAGUGGCAUCGGGAGCGCGGCAACAGGUCAACCGGGGAUGGAGGGGGAUAGCCUCCUCUCUAAAGUCCUACCAGGAAACCCUGCAGAGGCAGCAGGAAAACUAGGAGAAGCUAUCUCCGGUUUCGGCAAGAAGUUCACCUCGUUGUGGUGAGGUGUUGAGAUGAUGGUGUCUGUAAAUGUUAUGGAGGACGUUGUGAGGCUUCGUACCAGAAAAACCUAGGAAGACCCCUGCUUUGUUUUACUAUGAGAGAGAGAGAGAGGGAGGGAGGGAAAGAUAUAGCCAUCGAAAGAGGAAAUCUGAGCGCACUGCCAAUGAGGACAGGAAUCAAUGGAUGCUGCGUGUCCCAGGCCUGAGCCCACGAUUGCAGAGAAACAAUGCUGCUUUCUCUGGCAGGCCAGACAAUCGUUUUGAGGCCACGAGGCUGCAAUGCCCACAGCCAAAGAACCAGGCCCCUGACACCCUGGGACCCCCAGAACACCCUAGGGCUGUGGUCUGCACUGAGGUCACAAGCCCUGAGGACCAUUCCAGAGAGCGGCUAGCUGGAUAGAGAGCCUGUUCCCCCUGGUCUCUGCCUCUGUCCGGGGUUUCAGCACCAACUCGCAAACAGCCAUUAUCCUUUGGGGAAUGGGCUCUGUACUAAGGAAUACUCCAUCCAGCUGCUCUGUAAGAGGAUGGGAGGGAGCCACAAUACUGUGACACCCCAGCACACUGAUGAUGCUGUCCUCUAGUCCAGUGGUUCCCAACCUUUUUUCGGGUAACUGAAUUUUGAUCUGCCCGGAGUACCCCUGAAGUACCCCCUCAUGUGCAUUUUACCAGUCGGCCUACUAUCUCAUGAGUCUUCUCAAGUACCCCCCUGUUGAUAGGCCAAAUACUCCCAGGAGUCCUUAGUACCCCUGGUUGGGAACCACUGCUCUAGUCUGUGGGCUGUUGUGCCUGCUGCCUGCUGGGGGCGGAAUACAUCCCAGGGGGCGUGGCCAUGGUGGCAGGUUAGGAUCCUUGAUUCCGUACGCCUGUGCUCAGACACACUCUCCUUUCAUCUCCGAAAUAAAGAAAAGAAAACUGAAGCGCUUCGUAGGUUUUUCUGGUACUAAAUACUUCCUGUUUCAUUUGGAUGCUGAUAACAAUUUAGGGAAGAAGAAGAAGAAGAAGAAAGAAAAAAAAACAUAAUAAGGAUGACUAGCAUGACGACUCCACGGUUUGUUCUGGUUUUAUCUUUACAUUCCAGAAUGAAAGAAGGCACCGUUUUUUUUAUGCUGACUCAUUCUUUCUUUUUUUAUGUGUCUAAGAAGUGUAUAGUGGAUUUAGGAUUUUGAAUGCAUGGAACUUUAUAUCCAAGACCUUACACUGUUCACCAUUUCAAUCACAGAGGCCAUAAGACACUGGUUAAUAAUAAAACUCGUUUUUUUUUUUUACUCCAAAAGAAGACAAGGUGGACAUAACACUGAAUCUGGCUACAGAAUGGGAGAAUCAUCAUUCGGGAGAUUUUUUAUUUUUUUUGCCAUUGCCGAGCCAUUAAUUAGAAAAUAAAAAACAUCCCAGGAACGUUUGGGUUCAUAGUGUUUCUGAACCUUCCCACAACGUUUGGGAUCGUAGUGUUUCUGAACCUUCCCACAACGUUUGGGAUCGUAGUGUUUCUGAACCUUCCCACAACGUUUGGGAUCGUAGUGUUUCUGAACCUUCCCACAACGUUUGGGAUCGUAGUGUUUCUGAACCUUCCCACAACGUUUGGGAUCGUAGUGUUUCUGAACCUUCCCACAACGUUUGGGAUCGUAGUGUUUCUGAACCUUCCCACAACGUUUGGGAUCGUAGUGUUUCUGAACCUUCCCACAACGUUUGGGAUCGUAGUGUUUCUGAACCUUCCCACAACGUUUGGAUCUCUGGUGUUUUUUUUAUUUUAGUUAUUUUUUUUACAACAGUUUUUUGUUCUCGCUCUGUAUUUGCCUGAUUUUCUGUUACAUGAUAGCGGAUUCGCCUUAAUCAUGCCAUUGUUUUUAUUUAGAGUAAAGUGACUUAAAUAUCUUAUUUUUGUACUCCAUGUUGUGUCCAUAAAGCUUAUUUUCAUUGCAGACUUUUUUUUAAUGUGAUAAUGAUGUCAGCUGGAACAAUAGCUGUGAGAUUCAUUUAAUAUUUUUGUAUCUUGUUUCACUUUUAGGUUUGAAAUGAUUUAUAUGAUUUAUUUUUCAUACAUUUAUGUGUUUAUGGUUGCCAUAAUAAUUGAUUAUGUUAUUUAUUGAUUUAUGUUUAUUAAUAAUGAAAAUGCAAUAGUAUGUGGAAGGAAGUCAGUAAAGAGCACUGUCUUGUGUCAUUUAAAAAAAAUCAGUGGUCAGGAAUGUGUUGCCUCUGUCUGCAUAUCUGAGUUGUGCAAUUUUCUGCUAUCACAUCUUAACAGGGCCACACCUGGGUCAGAUUCACUAGGCACCAAACCGAAGAAACAAUGGACUGAAACAGGGAGGGACUACCUGAAAUUGUCCAAUAAGAAACCCUCAUUUUCAUUUUCCGUUGUAAAACAUUUUGCAAAAGUGUGCUCUAAUGAAUACGACCCUGGAAAUCCAUUCUUGUACUUUGUUACUGCCCAGACAAGGCACAUAAUAUCUGCCCAUUUUGAUAUGUGAGCACUGCAAGACAGCAGAGAGGCACUGAAUACAAACCAGUGCAAAUCACCAUUGAAUCUGACUUGAAGUACUUUAGCAUUCUUUUGUUGACUGUCAUCAUCGUCAAUGGGUUUUCAUGUUCUCUGGCUAACUACAAGUGUUUUAAUAUCCAAAAGAACACAAAAGGGAAAAGAGAUAAUACUUACUGACAAGUAGUACAUAUAUAUGUGUUUCAAAUAUACUGAGGUUGACACACUGGAGAAACCUAGUCUGCGCACUCUCACAUAUGGCGAUAUGAGUUAUGUGCACGUUCAAGGUGUUCGGAGCGUUAGACGCUGAAGGGUCAAAGAUCACCCAUAGUUAUUUGCCUUUUUGUUUUUGCGACCAAACUGCAAACCCCACAAGAUGUUGACAGUUGUCACAGAAACCUCUCAGGUCAGUGUUCUUCCUGCUGUUCUUUGCAGUGCAGUGUAGUUGGACUGGUCAGGUGGGACUGGUCAGGCACUCCGAUGCUACAGAGGCCUACUGAUGGGAUCCCAAACCUGAUGUAUAUUGUCUCUCUCUCUCUCUCUCUCUGUGUGUGGACGCUGGGAUAAAGCAUGCUCCGGCAAAAUCUCAGUAACAGUCACUUCUGUAUAGUUAUGUUCCUGAUGUCUGUGUGUAUGUGUGAGUAUGCGUGUGUUUCUCAUCAUCCUAUUACAAAACAAAACCAAUAUUUGACAAAUAAAACAUAAGUGUCGACAGCAACUUUUCCAUUUCAAACGUUCUAUGCAAUUAUUCAUAUUUAGGGGAAAUACUAGGGAAGAAAAAUAACAACUGAAUACCACUAUCGUUGUCAUGCCUGAGAAAAAUACUGCUUUAUUGUAGCGUUCCUGCUACAAAAACUAAAUUGACUUGUUUGUAUAUAGCUACAAUACUUUUAAGUCAGGAAUUUGAUUCAAUGUUUUUUGUUGUUGUUCGCAUGUUUAAGUCUCCUCGCCGAAAAUUGGGACCUGUUGCCAAAGGAUGAACUAUAUAGGCACCCUAAAAACGGCACGCUAUUUCUAUUUGUGCACUAAAGGCUAUAGUGAAUCGGAUGCCAUUUUUUUAAAUGUAGAAUACUGUCAUUAAAGUCUGCCAUCUUAUUGCUUCAAGCAUGGGUUGCUGGGUACAGUGAAUGGUCUUCUACGUACAGUACAGCCGUGGAUCCCAAUAUCUGGCUGCCAGUUUGUGCACUUCUUAUUUCGUAAAGUGAAUAAAGCUGCUGAAGAAUUAAGCCAAUUCUAUGAAGAGAUUAAAUAUAUCAAUUAUAUAUACAGUACCAGGCAAAUGUUUGGACACCAACUCAUUUUUUAAUCUACACUGUUAUCUACACUGUAACUAUGAAAUAACACAUAUGGAAUCGUGUAGUAACCAAAAGUGUUAAACAAAUCUAAAUAUAUUUGAGAUGUUUCAGAGUUGCCACCCUUUGCCUUGAUAACAGCUUUGCUCACUCUUGGCAUUCUCUCAACCAGCAUCAUGAAGUAGUCACCUGGAAUGCAUUUCAAUUAAUAACAGGUGUGCCUUGUUAAUUUGUGGAAUUUCUUUCCUUAAUGCAUUUGAGUCAAUCAAUUGUGUUGUGACAAGGUAGGGGUGGUAUACAGAAGAUUGUAUUUUACCAAAUAGUGCUAAGUCCAUAUUAUGGCAAGAACAGCUCAAAUAAGCAAAGAGAAAUGACAGUCCAUCAUUACUUUUAGACAUGAAGGUCAGUCAAUACGGAACAUUUCAUGAACUUUUAAAGUUUCUUCAAGUGCAGUCGCAAAAACCCAUCAUGCGCAAUGAUGAAACUGGUUUUCAUGAGAACAGCCACAGGAAAGGAAGACCCAGUUCUCUCUGCUGCAGAGGAUAAGGCUAAGUAACACGAGCAAUGGACAUUAGACCGGUGGAAAUCUGUCCUUUGGUCUGAGUCCAAAUUUGAGAUUUUUGGAUCCAAACGCUGUGUCUUUGUGAGAUGCAGAGUAAGUGAACGGAUGAUCUCUGCAUGUGUGGUUCCCACCGUGAAUCAUGGAGGAGGUGGUAUGAUUGUGUGGGGGUGCUUUGCUGGUGACACUAUCUGUGAUUUAUUUAGAAUUCAAGGCACACUUAACCAGCAUGGCUACCACAGCAUUCUGCAGCGAUACGCCAUCCCAUCUGGUUUGCACUUAGUGGGACUAUGAUUUGUUUUUCAACAGGACAAUGACCCAACACACCUCCAGGCUGUGUAAGGGAUAUUUGACCAAGAAGGAGAGUGAUGGAGUGCUACAUCAGAUGACCUGGCCUCCAUAAUCACCUGACCUCAACCCAAUUGAGAUGGUUUGGGAUGAGUUGGACCGCAGAGUGAAGAAAAAGCAGCCAACAAGUGCUCAGAAUAUGUGGGAACUCAUUCAAGACUGUUGGAAAAGCAUUCCAGGUGAAGCUGGUUGAGAGAAUGCCAAGAGUGUGCAAAGCUGUCAUCAAGGCAAAGGGUGGCUACUUUAAAGAAUCUAAAAUAAAAUAAAAUAUUUUUAAUUUGUUAAACACUUUUUUGAUUACUACAUGAUUCCAUAUGUGUUAUUUCAUAGUUUUGAUGUCUUCACUAUUAUUCUACGAUGUAAAACAAAAUAGUAAAAUAAAUAAUUGUGGUUCUGGUACUGGUACUGUAUAUAAAUAUACAGUAUAUGUAAAACAAAUACUAUAUAUUAAAUAUAUAUGAUAAUAUAUAACACAAAUAUUUCUGUAAUGACAGGUACUUUUCAUGAUCAAAGGGGUUGACCUUGUGUGUGUACACUGCCAAUACCUAUUAAUAUAAUAUGAUACACAUGUAGUUUGAACGUUGAUGGGAGGCUGCUGGCACUACAAAGCUUGUUUCCUUUUGGUGUGACCCACAGAAAACCAUUGUAGGCUAUAUCCACUCACCAUUCAUCUGGCUUGAAGGACCUUGGGAGGCUAUAGUGUGAACAUCCCUUAACCCACAACUCACUCGGUACACUAACUGCUAUUUCAAGUAUGGGCGAAUUAGUUCAAUGUAAAAAUAUAUAUAUAUAAAAAACAUUUGAAAAAGGUGGAGAUAUUUUUAUGACUUCUUAUGACUUACAUUUAUGGAAUAUCUGUACAGAAAUAUUAUUUUAUCAGACAGGUGAAUAGAGUCAUUGGUACGGUGUCCAUAUGGACUUUAUGGAAUAGAAUCAUGAUCGUAUGAAUAUUGACCUAAUGGAGCUGGUGCAAAGGCCUGCUGACAGUCAAUAGACACUGGCAUGGAAAAGCACCUCACAGGCUCACUGCCAUUAGAACAGACUAGUGACAUAUAGUCAUUGUCCCCUGACUGGAAUAUUAGAUACGUGUAAAUUAGAUAUAGAUAUAAUAGAGGUCAUAAUAAUAAAGCUGUAAAAAAAUACAUAGAAAUAAAGGGAAAUGAUAUUUAUCCAAAUCCAAUUAUGACUUGUUUAUGUUUAUGUUUCAAGGAGUUUGUAACUGUGUUCAAUCACUUUGCCUCAGGAAAGCACACACAAAAUGCACCGCGGCGAAACAAAUGGGGACGUUAAUAUGCAUAGUAGUAAGGGCUUAUUAUUCCAAUGUUGGUCAAUCAAGAAAGCCAUCUUGUUACUGUCCCAUCCAGUCCUACAUCUAC